AUGAGCCACACAGCCAGUUCUUGUCAGGAGCUGGUUGAAAACCGUGCUGUGCACGUAGCAGGAAUGGCACAAGAAGAUAGCCGUCGUGGUCAAGUGCCAUCUUCCUUUUAUCAUGGUGCCAACCAAGAACUCGACCUGUCCACCAAAGUGUACAAAAGGGAAUCAGGAAGUCCUUAUUCUGUGUUAGUGGACACCAAGAUGAGCAAGCCACAUCUCCAUGAAACAGAGGAGCAGCCGUAUUUCAGGGAGACAAGAGCAGUGUCUGACGUGCACGGUGUUAAAGAAGACCGAGAGAAUUCUGAUGACACAGAAGAGGAGGAGGAGGAGGAAGUCUCCUACAAAAGGGAGCAGAUCAUAGUGGAGGUAAACCUUAAUAAUCAAACGUUAAAUGUGUCUAAAGGGGAAAAGGGUGUCUCUUCUCAGUCCAAAGAGACUCCUGUUCUUAAGACAAGCAGCGAGGAGGAAGAGGAAGAGAGUGAGGAAGAGGCCACAGAUGACAGCAAUGACUAUGGAGAGAAUGAAAGGCAGAAGAAAAAGGAGAAGACGGUGGAGAAGGUCAGCGUUACACAGAGGAGAACCAGGAGAGCUGCCUCUGUUGCCGCAGCUCCCACUUCCCCUACUCCCAGAGCUACGAGAGGUCGUAGGAAGAGUGUAGAGCCUCCUAAGCGUAAGAAGCGGGCCACAAAGGAGCCCAAAGCACCAGUCCAGAAAGCUAAGUGUGAAGAGAAAGAGACUCUGACCUGUGAGAAGUGCCCCAGGGUGUUUAAUACUCGCUGGUACCUGGAGAAGCACAUGAACGUUACUCAUAGGCGCAUGCAGAUUUGUGAUAAAUGUGGCAAGAAGUUUGUCCUGGAAAGUGAGCUGUCCCUUCACCAGCAAACAGACUGUGAAAAAAAUAUUCAGUGUGUUUCCUGUAAUAAAUCGUUCAAGAAACUCUGGUCCCUUCAUGAACAUAUCAAGAUUGUCCAUGGAUAUGCAGAAAAGAAAUUUUCCUGUGAAAUUUGUGAGAAGAAAUUCUAUACCAUGGCUCAUGUACGGAAACAUAUGGUUGCACACACAAAAGAUAUGCCAUUUACCUGUGAAACCUGUGGAAAGUCAUUCAAACGCAGUAUGUCACUCAAGGUGCACUCCUUGCAGCACUCUGGAGAGAAGCCCUUCAGAUGUGAGAACUGUGACGAAAGGUUUCAGUACAAGUACCAGCUCCGCUCCCACAUGAGCAUCCACAUCGGGCACAAGCAGUUCAUGUGCCAGUGGUGCGGCAAGGACUUCAACAUGAAGCAGUACUUCGACGAGCACAUGAAAACACACACUGGAGAGAAACCCUUUAUCUGUGAAAUCUGUGGCAAAAGCUUCACCAGCCGCCCCAACAUGAAGAGGCACCGUAGGACUCACACAGGCGAGAAGCCCUACCCGUGUGACGUGUGCGGCCAGCGGUUCCGCUUCUCCAACAUGCUUAAGGCCCACAAGGAGAAGUGCUUCCGGGUGACCAGCCCCGUGAACGUGCCGCCUGCUGUCCAGAUCCCACUCACAACCUCCCCAGCCACCCCAGUUCCUUCUGCGGUGAACACCCCCACGACCCCCGCCCCUCCCGUCAGUAUGAACCCUGUCGGCACUCUGCCCCCGCGGCCCAUCCCGCACCCCUUCUCACACCUUCACAUCCACGCUCACCCUCACCACCCACACCACCUGCCCAUUCCCCCCGUCCCUCACCUCCCCCCACCUCCAGCUCUCUUUAAGAGUGAGCCUUUAAAUAACAGAGGCCAGGGUGAGGACACGUUUCUGCGGCACCUGGCAGAGAAGAGCAGUGCAGCACAGCAUCACUAA